AAGUACGGAACAGAUAGACUUGAGAUUGAGAAUUUCAAGCGCUCCGCUCGAGCUGUAUUAUCUGUUUUUUCCCUCCUGUAAUGGAGGUUUAAAAUGUAUUGACCGGAUUUCCAUUGUGUUUUUCUGGAUCGGUGUAAUUUCGCUCGCGUGUGUGCUGUUUUUCCACGCCGUAGGCUUUAUCGAUCAUUUCUCACAUGUCAGGCAGUUUUUCAUCUGCGGAUCUAAACCAUCAUCGCUUCAUUUGGAAUCGGGAUGUUUUGGCAUUCCGACAUCAUCCGGCACACAUGGAACGCUGAGACGACGGACUCUGGAAGUUCUCUCCAGUUCUAUUUGAGUUUAUUUUUAGAUCCCACUCGGUUUGAUGUCUGAGUCAGGCUGGGUCAUGGGAUUCGACUGAUGGUGACUAACCGCAAACCCUGAGCGAUGUCUCUGAUCCUGGAUGCUUAUUUCUGGACGUAGAUGGACAGCAGGCUGAUGACUUGGGGCUUGACGAAAAUGUCCAAUAUCACCUCCAAAGAUCCCUGUUUGACUGGAAAAAGCCUAAACUAGUUAAGUUCAGUAGCCAAAACGUCUACAUGGGGAACAGCAGUCGAAGAACCCAACCUCUUCUAGAGGAGACGGACUAUUUUUAUUCCGGAGAAGCAGAUACAGAAUCCCAGAAGUCUCACCUCUCCUCUUUCACGAUGAAAUUGAUGAAAUUUCAUUCCCCGAAGAUUAAACGAACUCCAUCUAAGAAAAGCAAACAGCUCCAGCCAGAGCCUACGGUGACGACUCCAGAGAAACCUGUCAACAAGAAGGUGAGUCGAUUAGAGGAACAGGAGAAGGAGGUGGUAAGCGCUCUACGUUACUUUAAGACGAUUGUGGACAAGAUGAGCGUCGACACAAAAGUUUUGCAGAUGCUUCCUGGUUCGGCUAGUAAAGUAUUGGAGGCCAUAUUGCCUCUGAUGCAGGUAGAGGCUCGGAUACAGCACAGCUCGGCAGUGUCCUCCUGUCAUAACCGUGUCUAUCAGAGUUUAGCGAAUCUCAUUCGCUGGUCCGACCAAGUGAUGCUGGAGGGCAUCGACCUCGACGACAAGGACACUGUGACAACCGUCACCACGGUGAUCAAAGCUGUGCUGGAUGGUGUGAAGGAUCUGGUGAAACUCACUAUAGAGAAGCAGGAGCAACCAUCCCCGACGUCCCCCAGCAAACCAGCACCUCCUGUGGUCAAACCUGAGAGCGUGUGUGAAAAUCCUUUAACCGAGCGAGAGAAGGCGAUCCUGAGUAAGACCACGCCCAUUGUCACGCCCACUGACAGCUUGACUGACAUGUCAGAGGAGGAGGUUGCUCCGCCCAAACCUCCGCUACCAGGAGUUAAACUGGCAGAGCACAGGAACAGGAUGCAGUUGUGCUCCGAUCCUGUUGCCGGGCAGCGGAGGGCCACAGCGAUGGAAACCCCGCCCGCGCUGCCUCCCAAGAAGCGACAGUCGGCCCCCUCCCCCACGCGUGUUGCCGUGGUAGCGCCGAUGAGUCGAGUCCCGUGUGGUCUCAACCUGCCUCCUGGAGCUCUAAGACAGCAGCAGGAGUUUGACGUGGAUCUCCUCCAGAGACGUUUCUCCGGUGGGAGCCAGUCGUACGGCGGGGACUCGCCUCGUCUUUCUCCUUGUAACAGUAUGGGAAAACUAAGCAAGUCUGACGAGCAGCUCUCGUCAUUGGAGCGAGACAGCGGCCAGUGCUCUCGCAACACUAGCUGUGAAACACUAGAGGGAUACGAUCCCGAUUAUGACUUCCUGCAUCAGGAUCUGUCCGUAUCCGAGCCUUUACCGUUUCCGACGGGCGGCAGCAGUCUGAGUCCUCUCCCAGAAUGCCACGCGGAGUCUCAGUCGUUAAGCCCCGCCCAGGGCCCCGCCCACCCGCGUUUCAGCGCUCCCGUCACCAAUCAGGCUUCCCUGGAGUACUGGAGCCCGCCCCUCACACCCGGACCGACCAAUAGCGUGCUUCCCCCCGCCCUGCCGCAGAAAAAGCGGCGGUCGGCGCCGAUCAUAUCGGCGUACCCUCUUUACGAGCGCCUCCCAUCGCACUACGAUAACCUGUCAGAAGAGGAGCAGCCGACGCCGCCGUUCCCGCUGGUGACGCCGGCGUCGCCGCUACCGCAGGUCAACGGAGGAGACGACCUCUCGCGGUGUACGGACGCCGACAGCCCGCCGCCGCUGCCAGAGAAGAAGGGCAAACAGAUCCUCCAGUACAUGCAGUUUGUGGAGGAUUACUCGGAACCGCAGCCGUCCGUCUUCUAUCAGAUGCCUCAGAAUGAGAGUAUUUACGAGCAGCGGAGGAACAAGCGCUUUCAGGAGGUUUACGGCUUUAACGAUUCCUACAGCAGCUCAGACUCCGUCCACGAGCCCGUCCCACCGCCAGCGCUGCCUCCCAAACAGAGACAGCUGGCCUCCUACACUUCUUCUCCUCCUUCAUCCUCCUCUUCCUCUUUUUCAAUUCUCCCUCCUCCUGCUGGGCUGCCGGAGGAGGCGGAGCCUGCUCUUGGUCUCAGCCUAUCAGUGUCUAACUCCUUCCUCAGUGGCCACGCCUCUUUGACCACACCUGUGAGUUCCGACCUGGUUGGCAUGUCCAAUGCUGGCAGAGCUCUAGAUGGUGGGGGUGUCUCUAACGGGUCCUUGACCAGCUCUCUGGUCUCUCUGGCCGUCUGUCUUCCUUCUGAAUCUUCUCUUUCUGACUCGCUUCUUACCUCUGCGAGUGAAAGUGUUGAUGAAGGCGGUGAGGGAGAGUAUGUGAACCUGUACUCCUCCACACAGGCUAAUGGAGAAAACACACACCGCACUGACCCCUCAUCAUGUGACGACGUGCUUCAGGACCAUACCCCUCACAUACCCACGUCCAAUAGCAAGGAAGCCUUGUCUAAGGACAGGCCAAAGGAACCCAGUCAUAGUCAGAUAGAUGAUGUUGAUGAAUUGUCCCUCAUUGAUCAUAAUGAGAUUAUGAACCGCAUCACACUCAAAGCAGAGAAUGAUGAUGGUCCUGAUGUGAGAGCCGGCUCUGGUGAUAUACUGUUAGUUCACGCUACAGAAACAGACCGCAAAGAUUUGGUGUUGUACUGCGAGGCUUUUCUCACCACCUACAGAACCUUCAUAACGCCUGAAGACCUCAUUAAGAAACUACACUACAGAUAUACUCGGUUCUGUCACAGUCCAGACACCUUCAAGAAGCGUGUCAGUAAAAACACGUUCUUCGUGCUGGUGAGAGUCGUGGAUGAACUUUGUCUGGUGGAGUUGACCGAGGACAUCCUGCGGCAGUUGAUGGAUCUGGUGUUCCGGCUGGUCUGUAACGGAGAACUGAGUCUGGCGCGGGUCCUGCGGAAAAACAUCCUCGAUAAAGUGGAACAGAAGAGGCUCCUGCGACACAUGCACAUGCUCAAACCUCUCGCCGCACGGGGCGUCUCUGCCAGGCCCGGCACGCUGCAUGAUUUCCGCAGUCAUGAGAUCGCCGAUCAGCUGACGUUGCUGGACGCAGAACUGUUUUAUAAGAUUGAGAUUCCUGAGGUCUUGCUUUGGGCAAAAGAACAGAAUGAAGAGAAAAGUCCAAAUCUGACCCAGUUUACAGAGCACUUUAACAACAUGAGCUACUGGGUGCGCUCUAUCAUCAUCCAACAGGAGAAAGCUCAGGACAGAGAGAAACUGCUGCUCAAAUUCAUCAAAAUCAUGAAGCACUUGCGGAAACUGAAUAACUUCAACUCUUAUUUGGCGAUUCUCUCUGCGCUGGACUCUGCACCAAUCAGACGACUGGAAUGGCAGAAACAGACGUCUGAGGGUUUGGAGGAGUACUGCACAUUGAUUGACAGUUCAUCAUCCUUCAGAGCGUACAGAGCGGCGCUAGCAGAAGUGGAGCCUCCAUGUAUACCAUACCUGGGUUUGAUCCUACAGGAUUUGACGUUCGUUCAUCUCGGAAACCCAGAUUUUAUCGACGGCAAAGUGAAUUUCUCCAAGCGCUGGCAGCAGUUCAACAUUCUGGACAGCAUGAGACGCUUCCAGCAAGUACACUACGAACUGAAACGGAACGAAGACAUCGUCUCGUUCUUCAACGACUUUAGCGAUCAUCUGGCGGAGGAGGCGUUAUGGGAGCUCUCGCUCAAGAUCAAACCACGAAACAUCUCGCGGCGCAGGACGGAGCGUGAGGAGAAGACCUAGAACCUGAAAUCUAGAACCUCAGAGACAAUUUACGGUGAGACCUGAACCUCCUGCAGAACCUUGGGAACCCACGCUAGGCUGUUUUACCCACGCUAGAGUUCUUAAUGCGGUUCUGGAGCUGAAAUGGGCUGAACCGAGACAUGUGAGCUCUAGUUUGCACCAAUAAACUCAGACAUUGGCAGUAUUUUUUCCCUUGACUGUUUCCUUAAAACCUCAAGAGGGGAAUCCUAAUUCAGUAUAGAUACGCAGAUACGCACUCGCGCACGCUGAGGGCUCAAGAGGACCCGAACGCUGUGAUAUAAAGCUAAAUCCUCACAACUUUCUAUGUUUGCGUGUGUUUACGUGUGGCUGUACAGAAAGACACACUCUGAGAGGGCUUGGUUCAUUUGAUAUUAAUACACUGUGCCUGAUGGAGUGAGUUCAUGUUUGUUUGUCCCGUUUGACCUUCCAAAGGUCUGAUUCAACCUACAAUUCCCGCUUGGAACUGUGUAACUGGGUCGAUUGGGAAACGGGCGGAUGUGUGCAAUCUUAUAAGCGUUUUAUAAGGAAUAUUCGCUGAUCUGAUGAAACGAGUAUGUUUUGACAGACGCCGUGAGUAAUGGACUAUAUGGAAUAUAUAUUAAUUUGAAAAUGAAAGAAUGAACUGGACGUUUGGACUCGUUUUUCACAUCGUCUUGCUAUAUUGUUUUGUGUGUGACCAUGUGCACCCCUCAAUUUAAUGGUUUACCCCGUCAAAACGCUGACGCCCUGUUAAAUCCCAUGAAAACCGUCAUGAACGUGUGGAUUUUUCACCUUAAAAUAAAACAAAAUUGCAUUGUGAUAUUAUUUUCAUGACUAUUUCUUUUCAUGCACAUUUUUUCAUUUUCCCCAUUUUUAAUAGUUUGCAAAAUCCCCAAAAUGCAUAAAUACAUUUAAAAUUACUUUAAUAUAAAAUUUAAAAAAUGUUAGUUUACAUUCAAUAAAAUAAUAAAGUGCAUUCGUAAAAUACAAAUAUAAUGGUAGUAUCUGUGCUAAAUUAAAUUUAUUAUAAUCUGAAGGUAAAAAUGGAUCACUUUCAUAAAAUAAAAACAUUUUAUUGUUCAUAAAGCCUUUUUAUGCAGUAAUUUCGUAAGUUUACACGAGAUUGGUUUAUGAAUGAUUCAAACAGAAAAUCAUCCAGUUGUUCACUACAUAAGAAAACAUUACAAACAAAUAAAGAGAAUAAUUUAUAAUUCAAUAAAUAAAUUAAUAAAUAUGCUUAAUUGUCAUGAAUAUACUGUCAUAAUGCAACCAAAAAAUGUUUUUCUUUAUCCAAAAUUAAUUUAUAUUUUUUUAUCUUUUGAUUAUUGCAAAAAAAUGACCUUAACAUUUAUCGAAGUUUAUUAACAAUUCAAACAGAAAAUCAUCAAAUUGUUCACGACGUAAGAAAACGUUACAAACAAAUCCUAAAAAAAAUAAUUUAUAAUUUAAUAAAUAAAUUAAAUAAAUAUGCUUAAUUGUCAUGAAUAUACUGUCAUAAUGCAACCAAAAAAUGUUUUUCUUUAUCCAAAAAAUUUUUUUC